UAGCUCUGUAAAAUAUACUCUGAGUUUCUAUAUCUUACCUCUUUUCCAUUGCCAGAGCUGAUACUACUCUCGAAACCAAUCAAUCAUUUUUCAGCCAUUUUUUUUAACAUCUUCUGCAGCUUAACAAUUCAAGAGCCAUUUCAUUUCAUAGAAUUUGGAUUGUUAUUGUUUUUGAUUGGUGUCUUUGUACCUGAAACAACAAAACUUGAUAUCCCUUUUGGAGAUUUUGUCAAAUUCUCUUGGUUUGAGGCAGAAGAGCAGAAGGAAAGAGGAAGACUACUUACACAUGAAUUUCUUGGUUGGUUUGGUAUUUGUUUACUUGUUUUCCUGUGGUUUUGUAGCCACCGGACGUGGAGGGAUUCUUAGUCUGAAGAAUCUGAAAGCAAAUGUCUCUCAUCUGGCUGGCAUAGAAUUGCCUGAUCAUUCAAGCUUCAAUGCCGUCUCGUCUUCAGCAAAUACUGGUUGCAACUUUGCAACAACAAAGAAAGCAACCAUGGAUGCAGUAGCCACAGAUAAGAAUUUCUACAAUGAAGAAGAAGAAGAAGAAGAAGAAGAAGAUGAUGAUGAUGAUGCAAGAAAUUUGGGAAAUCAGCAUAAACCCACUGUCAAACUUCAUCUGAAACGCAGAUCAGGAGGCAAAGAAGCCAAUGGAAAAGACUCAGUUCUGGAGUCAACGACAAGGGACUUGGUUAGAAUUCAGACUCUUCAUACAAGGAUUGUGGAGAAGAAGAAUCAAAACACCAUUUCUAGGCUGAAGAAAGUUGCUAGACAAUCACAAAAUCAUUAUAGGAGGUCUUUAAUAGCUCUGGCAGCUUCGCCGGAGCCUCAGAGUUCUCAACUUUCCGGCCAACUCAUGGCAACUCUUGCUUCAGGGGUGAGUCUUGGUUCAGGAGAAUAUUUCAUGGAUGUUUUUGUGGGUACACCUCCAAAGCAUUAUUCUUUGAUUCUUGAUACUGGAAGUGAUCUUAAUUGGAUUCAAUGUGUUCCAUGUUAUGACUGUUUUGAGCAAAAUGGACCCUUUUAUGAUCCUAAGGAUUCUAGUACUUUCAGAAAUAUAAGCUGCCAUGAUCCUAGAUGUCACCUGGUUUCAUCUCCUGAUCCUCCACAACCUUGCAAGUCCGAGAAUCAAACAUGUCCUUAUUUCUAUUGGUAUGGAGACAGCUCGAAUACAACGGGGGAUUUUGCGCUAGAAACCUUCACAGUUAAUCUCACAAAUCCUUCAGGAAAGUCAGAAUUCAAAACUGUUGAAAAUGUGAUGUUUGGCUGUGGUCAUUGGAACAGAGGACUAUUUCAUGGUGCUGCUGGAUUAUUAGGCCUUGGGAGAGGGCCUCUUUCUUUUUCCUCCCAACUUCAAUCAUUAUAUGGCCAUUCCUUUUCAUAUUGCCUUGUGGAUAGAAACAGCAAUGCUAGUGUUAGCAGCAAGCUGAUUUUCGGCGAAGAUAAAGAUCUCUUGAGCCAUCCUGGAUUGAACUUCACCACAUUGGUUUCUGCUGGCAAAGAAAAUAAUCCAGUUGAUACAUUUUAUUACGUUCAAAUCAAGUCGCUUUUGGUGGGGGGUGAGGUUCUGAAUAUACCGGAAGGAACCUGGAAUUUAAGCCCAGAAGGUGCUGGUGGAACAAUCAUUGAUUCUGGUACAACACUCAGCUAUUUUGCUGAUCCAGCUUACAAGAUUAUAAAGGAAGCAUUCAUGAAGAAGGUGAAAAACUACCCAAUUGUUGAAGAUUUUCCAAUAUUGUUUCCUUGCUACAAUAUCUCAGGGGUGGAGAAGCUAGAGCUGCCAUCAUUUGGGAUCAUAUUUGGUGAUGGUGCAGUUUGGAAUUUCCCACAGGAGAACUAUUUUAUCAAGCUUGAACCAGAGGAAGUUGUUUGUUUGGCGAUACUGGGGACUCCAACCUCGGCUCUUUCAAUUCUUGGAAACUAUCAACAACAAAAUUUUCAUAUCUUGUAUGAUACAAGACAGUCAAGGCUGGGAUAUGCACCAACAAAGUGCUCAGAAGUGUAAAACUCUUUGUAUCAGAAUUUUUGGUGGGAGGUGGUAAACUGUAAACACAUUGGAUAUAGAUGGAUUUUUUUUUUUAAUGAUCUUUUUGGUUUUUUGCUUCCUUUCAAAAGGUAUUAAACACAUGUAACUAGCCAUUGGUAAUUAACCAUUGAAUUGCUA